AUGGCAAGCAAGCCCAUUAAGAAAUAUUUGCUUUUUACUUCUUUUUUUCGAUACAGCUCUGUUAUUUUUCCUAUAAAGAUUAGAUUUAUAUCGAGGCACACCCGAUUUUGUUCAAUACUUGUAACCACUCUUCGUUCCUGCGAUAAAGUCUGCUAUUUUUUUACCAUACGACGUGUGCAUUUUUUAUCUGGCGCUGCGAACAGGAUCGUUAUACGCCUUCGACGAAAACAUCUAGAAGUUUGUACGAGCCCAGCCAAGCAUCAGCAAAAUCUUCGAGAUUCAUCAGAGCUCUACCAGUCCAAUGCCUACCAAUUCGAGCGCUACUGAUGAACCCUCUGCUCAAAGCACCUCCGGUAAUCAAACUGCCGCUAGGAAAUUCAAGAUUAAUCGA